AUGAGGGAGGAAGAGCGCGGGGAUCACCGGGAGAGGCGAGACCGGACAGUGGCGGCACCGCGGGGGCCUCGGGGGCUCUUGGGCCCCAUACCCCAGCCCCCUCCAAAGCAACUCGGCGCAGAGGGCGAGCGCGUGGCCCGGCUGGAGGAGGAGAACAGCAGCCUGCGCGAGCUGGUGGAGGACCUGCGCGCCGCGCUGCAGAGCAGUGACGCUCGCUGCCUAGCGCUGCAGGUCGGCCUCUGGAAGAGCCAGGCAGGCGCCCAGGUGGCGGGGCGCGGCGGGACCGAGGCGGCGGCGGCGCGGGAGCUCGUAAUAACUUCCCUGCACCGAGUGCGCGAGCUCGAGGCGCUGGCGCGACAGGUGCCCGACCUGCAGCGCUGGGUGCGGCAGCUGGAGGCGGAGCUGCGGCGCUACAGGUCAGAGGGCCCCCAGCUCCCAACCUCCCCACGAGCCAGCCUGGAGCAAGGUGGCAAGAGUGGUGAACCUCAGGACGAUGGGACCAGCGACCCAGAUGCUGCUCCCGAGGGAGCCUGGCAGUCAGACAGCAGCUCCGGGAGCAGAGCCCUGGAUGAAGCAGGCGAGCAGCUGUUCCGCUCCGUGGAGGGCCAGGCCGCCUCUGAUGAGGAGGAGGAGGCGGACGAGGAGGAGAAGAGGCGGGAGGAACAGAAGCCAUUGGUGGCCGAGGCCAAGACGCUGCUGGUACAGCUGUCCAGCUGUGGGCGCGGGUGUGAUGACCAGACAGCCAAGAAGCUUAUUUCUUACUUUGGCCGCUUUGAUGGUGCCGACCACGCCUGCACCCUGGGGGAGCUGGAGGCCUGCAUGUCCGCGCUGGUGGAGCAGCUGGGGACUCAGGGCUGCAGUGGGAAGACCCAGAGGACAUCUGGGGAGGAGGCAGAGCUACAGAGGAAGGUGGAGGAGAAUGAGCAUCUGAGGCUGGAGCUGCAGUUGGUGGAGACCGAGAGGGUGCGGCUGUCCCUGCUGGAGGAGAAGCUGGUGGAUGUGCUGCAGCUCCUGCAGAGGCUCCGGGACCUGAACAUAUCAAGAAGAUCACUGGGGAAGAUUUUGCUGAGCACGCUGGACCCUUACAGGGACCCCAUACAUGAGGGGAGACCUGGCCCCUCGGCAAUCCUGGAUGCCCUGCACCAAGCCUUGGCUGGCUGUGAGCUCUUGCAGAGACAGCCCUUGGAAUCAGCUUCCACAGCUCCUGUGCUCACCAACCCCCUCCUCAUCUCCUACUGAGGUCACUAGCCCAGCCUGUGAGCACCCUGGUCAGCCUGACCACCAUUGGACCAGUCUUUAUGAUCAGCCUGACCACCAUCAGACCGGCCUCCAUGGUCAGGCUGACCACCAUCGGACCAGCCUCCAUGAUCAGCCUGACCACCAUCAGACCAGCCUCCAUGAUCAGGCUGACCACCAUUGGACUAAUCUACAUGAUCAGCCUCCAUGAUCAGGCUUACCAGUGUCAGACCAGCUUCCAUGAUCAGCCUGACCACCAUUGGACUAACCUCCAUGAUCAGCCUCCAUGAUCAGGCUGACCACCGUCAGACCAGCCUCCAUGAUCAGCCUGACCACCAUCAGACUAGCCUCCAUGAUCAGGCUGACCACCAUUGGACUAAUCUACAUGAUCAGCCUCCAUGAUCAGGCUUACCAGUGUCAGACCAGCCUCCAUGAUCAGCCUGACCACCAUUGGACUAACCUCCAUGAUCAGCCUCCAUGAUCAGGCUGACCACUGUCAGACCAGCCUCCAUGAUCAGCCUGACCACCAUCAGACUAGCCUCUAUGACCAACCAUCUUGAUCAGGCUGACCACUGUAAGACUGCCCUGCACAGCUGGUCUGACCACUGUCACGUCAUCAGAACUCUGGAGGCCAUGGCUCCUUCCAAGACUGGGCCCAGAGAGAACCUCCCACUGCAGAGCCUAGCAGUCACCCCUACCUUGGGAACCUCCCAUAUUCCCUUGUAGUCCCUGAAUUCCUGCCACCAGAGUCCUCAUUAAAUCCCUGCAGUUGCUGGAUCACCCUGCACCUGAUGCUGUCUAGCCUGCUCUCGGAGCAGAGAUGCCCACUUUUCUGCCUAGUCCAGCCCAGAAUUUCUUCCCUAGUGUCCCAGGAUCUCCCUUCCCAGUACUGUCCCCUCCCUACCACCAGAAUGUCUGCUGCAAGGGAGACUGAGCCCAACCUUUGGGACAUACCUGGUCCAUUGGGAAACUCCCCACGUCCCAGGAUAUGUUGAAGACCAGGGAAUGCUGGGGGAAUUCCAAGGAGGGAGUGAUCACUGUAGGCUUCCUGGUGGAAGCUGGGCUUGAAUGAGCUCUAGAAGAGAGAAUUUACAUGGGCAAAGAGAAGAGGGAAGGGCAUUUAAUUUGAGGUAACAGCAAGAGCAAUAAUGUGGAGCCAGAAAGGGCCCCCAUUAGUACAGUACCCAGAGUCCAUCCUUCCUGGUCACACAUUAGGUACUGGGCCUCAUGGGGUCACAGGAAGGAGUAAGACAAGGUACCUGGUCUCACCUCACUUAGAAUCUCACAGGAGAGAAAGACACAUUGGCAAAUAGUGCAAUUGGGUGAAAUCGGUGCUAAAUCAAUGUAAAAUAAAGUGUCAUGAGAGUCCAA